UUAUUGGGAUGAAUUUCUUUAUUAAUUAAUAAGAUGUAGUCAAUCCUAGUUAUUUCGGUUAUUGGCGAUUUUUUUUGUUUCUCUCUUUCUAAGUUCAUAUUUACUUAUGAGACUGGGACUGGUUGCUUUUACCUAUGACUAUAACUUAGACUUAGGGUUAGGUUUAGGGCGUAAUAUAUCAUUAUGGUGUGACUUAAAACUAAUUUUAAUGCAUAAUGGAAUCAUAGGACUUGAGGGGUAUACCACAAUAGCGACCUAACCGUGGGUCAAACUCUGGCUCAUCCGUACCUCGAAGCUGGCUCUCGGGUUAGACUGCAGUCACACCAUCUGCACUUGGGAGAAGCUCGGACACGCUUUAUUUUAUUUAAUUUAAUUUAAUUUAUAAUAAGUAGAAACAGAGCAGAGGUACACAGUACACCAACAUUCAAAUAUACACCAUUUCAACGCUUGUUUGUCGGUUUAAGGAAGUUACGUCAUUGUACCAUGGACGUUUCCGGUUAGUUGUCAAGCACAUUUAAAACAACAGCGGUUUAUGCACGGUACUGACUACGUUUACAUGGACAGCAGUAACCUAAUUAUUGACCUUAAUAAGGUCUGAAUAAGAUAAUAUUGUGAUUAAGGUGUUUACAUGAGUCGCUUUUUAGAAGAUUCCUUUCAUGUUUUUACAUGUUAUAGAACAUAGAUCGAUUAACGUCACACAUCAUUACGUCUCCACGUCACACCGUCAGACGCCCCUCCAGAAUUUCACCUAUCAACAUAGAGUUUGUCUUCGUUAUGGAACCGUAUACAGUUUUGGAUGUUUUUAUUUAACAUUAUAAGAAAGCCUCAAGUGCAGUUAAUUAAUUGUCAUGCUCUAUGUGCAAAUAGAUGACAGUUUUCCUUUUGUUCAUAGUUUUGAUCUUAUUCUCGUCCUCGUUGUUUGAUUCUUGUUUACGCCCGUUUGCUGAUCGCCUGACCUUUUGCCUGUUUUUGACCACGCUACUGUCUCACGUUUUGGAUUUGUCUGCCUCUCCUCAAUAAAGCUCUUAUCUGCACUUGCAUCCAUCCUAAACCCUCAUUACGUGGCAGUUAGCAACCGUCUUUUUACGUUUUACUGGCGUAUUUUAUGUUGUAGAAGAAAACGUGGAAAAUAUUUUGAGCUUGUUUUCACCACAGACCUCAUUUCAGGGUUUUAACCAAAAUCCCAUUAAAAAAAAAAACUCAUUGAUUCGGGACGAUGGAACCGAAGGGAGAAAAUACUAACUCGUUUCUGUGUUUUGGCAUACAGAAUGAUGUCAUCCCUGUGCCACUCUAUGGUGAUUGGCUGUAAGUUUAGGAUGCGCUCGAUUUGAUCUGCAGCGGAGUUUCUAUGAGCGGAGGACGAACUUUAAACGUCAGUAUCGCAGUCGAUCAUGUUCAUGUAAUCGUGGGCAGUCAAAAUCAGAAUCGAGAUCGAUAUUCGAUUAAUUGUGCAGCCCUAUUACAUUACAGACAUUGCAGUUUAUUGCUCUGGUCACAUCUGCAGUCCUCAUGCCUCCCUUCCUCAGUCACGUGACGAUUUCGCCUCCGUCUGAUGGUGACUGAGGUCAUGUUGGGAAUAAAAGGUACUCUAUCUGUGGCUCUGUAUUGUGUCAGUAUGGAGAGUACAGGCCAGACUGAGGGAGCUUUGUCGGCUUUGCCAUGGGUGCCUGUGAACAUCGGGGGUUCCAAGUUCUUGGCCAAAGCCUGGUUUGGUGAUACAGAAUAUCAAUUGCUGCUGAGUGACCUGAACAGCGUUUGGGAGGAACAGAUGAGCACAAACAGCAUUGAGCAACGUGCACAGGUUCUAAAUAAGCGUCUAAGGGCUCCAGUGCACACAUUUGUUGCUCACCUGCGCUCAGUGGCUUGGCCUUGUCUCUCCAGGCAGUCCUGUGAACAGAGCACAGCUGUACAUUUCCUUCUCAAGCCUCAGGGGGGCCACUUAACCGUCACACUCAAGAGUGAGCUGGGAGAUGUACCAUUCUAUUGGGAAUUCCACUGUACCCCUGCCUCGGUAGCGGUGGUGUCCAGAGAGCUAGUGUGUCCCUUGUUGUCUAUGACUCAAGUGCUGCAUAGACAAGUUGGAGAACUAACUGCUUUGCUGCUCAAGAAAGACGCUGAGAUACAAGACUACAAAGAGAAUGGAGCCGUGCUUAGCAGAGGUAGGCUUCUGACUGAGCUGUUUGAGGAGGAGACGUACAGAAGGGACUUUAACCAGAGGCUUUCUAAGAUGCUGCCGGACAGUCUGGAGUUUGAGUCUGAGCUGCAGGAGCUGUAUGUGUCCAUAUGUGCUGCGAGAACUGCCCGGAAACGCAAGCGGUCUGCUUCAGUAGGCAGCUUUGUCCCUGACCAGGAUCAGACCAAUUGUGUGCCAACAGGUAUGAGGACUGCUUCUCUUGGGUCUAAUGAAAAUUAUACAAGGCAGCAAGUAGAAGACACACAGUAUGCUGACACCAAAGAGACUGUGAGACGCUUACCCGCUGCUGCUGCUGUUCCUCCUGCAGUUACAACUGCAAACAGAUCAGUUAUGCAUCCCAAGAAGAAGAAAGCAGCUGGACUCUUCCAAUGACAUCAUGGUCCAAAAGUUGAUGGAUUUUUUUCCCCCUUAAAUUUUUUACCUUGUUCAGUGAUAUACUCAUGAUUAAACUUUCAGUUUUAUAAAA